AUGCAGGCAGAAAAAACAAAGCUGUACUUAUUAUAUGAUCAGAUUUACACAGCUUAUUUAACAAUUUUAGAAUGCUUUAUACAGCCGGUAUAUUUAGAAUUAACAGAAGAUGAAAAAAACAAUACCCAAGACAUUUCGAAUGCGAGAGAAAAGAAAGUACUAAGUGUUGAUGUAAAUGACGUGCAAACCCAUGUGUCGUUAUUUGAAAUAUAUGUAGGCGGAAUGGUACCUAAUUUAAUCCGAUUGAAAAAGGAAACUCGAGAGUUGGACGAGGACCAACUUCAAAAUUUUUACACAAAAUGUAAAGACUUUUAUGUUGAAGUAAUAGUACAAAUCAAACAAAGAUUCCCAUUUGACGACAAAGAACGUCAAGCUCUGAAAUGUUUACAGAUGUUGAACCCACAAACAAUUUUAAAUCACGAUUUUAGCAAGAAACAAAUAACUUCAAUUUCUGAAAUCUUGUAUUAUUUUCCAAAUAUUUGUCCGGAAGACGUAACAGAAUUGGAUAGAGAAUGGAGAACUCUUUGCAACACCAACUUGAAUUUGAACGAACCUGAGACGCUAAAUGUAGAAGAAUUUUGGUAA